AUGGCCUACGUGUUAACUGAAACCGCUGCUGGUUAUGCUUUGUUAAAGGCGUCCGAUAAGAAGAUUCACAAGUCUUCUACAUUAAUUCAAGACUUCAGCUCAUCUGAAAAGGUGUUGAAGCAAUUGAAGGUUGCUGCUUUUUCCAAAUUUACUUCUGCUGCAAAUGCAUUAGAGGAAGCUAACGCUGUUAUUGAGGGUAAGGUUUCUCCCCAACUGCAGAAGCUUUUGGAAGAAGCUAAAGCUGAUAAGAAGGCUUCUUUAGUUGUUUCGGAGACUAAGCUUGCAAAUGCGAUCAACAAAUUGGGUCUAAACUUUAACGUUGUCUGUGAUGCUGUUACUUUGGAUAUCCAUCGUGCUGUGAAGGAAUACCUUCCAGAACUUUUGCCAGGUUUGUCUGAUGGUGAUUUGUCUAAAAUGUCUCUUGGUUUGGCUCACUCCAUCGGCCGUCACAAGCUUAAGUUCUCUGCUGAUAAAGUCGAUGUCAUGAUCAUUCAAGCUAUUGCUCUAUUGGAUGACUUGGACAAGGAAUUAAAUACCUACGCUAUGAGAUGUAAGGAAUGGUACGGCUGGCAUUUCCCGGAGUUGGCCAAGAUUGUUACGGACUCUGUUGCAUUCGCUAGAAUCAUCCUACUCAUGGGAGUCAGGUCUAAUGCUGCUGAGACCGACAUGUCUUCAAUUUUGCCAGAAGAAAUUGAAGAACGAGUGAAGGCUGCUGCUGAAGUUUCUAUGGGUACUGAAAUAACUUCAACCGACUUGGAAAACAUUAAGAGUCUAGCUGAACAAAUCGUUGACUUUGCUGCCUACAGAGAACAACUAUCUAACUACUUGGCCUCAAGAAUGAAGGCUAUCGCUCCAAACUUAACCCAAUUAGUUGGAGAAUUAGUUGGUGCAAGAUUGAUUGCUCACGCUGGUUCUCUAAUCUCUUUAGCCAAGUCUCCAGCAUCUACUAUACAAAUCUUGGGAGCUGAAAAGGCACUCUUUAGAGCUUUGAAGACUAAACAUGAUACUCCUAAAUACGGUUUGCUUUACCACGCAUCUUUGGUUGGUCAAGCCACUGGUAAAAACAAAGGUAAGAUCGCUAGAGUUUUGGCUGCUAAGGCUGCUGUUUCUUUGCGUUAUGACGCUUUAGCUGAGGACAGAGAUGAUUCUGGUGAUGUUGGUUUGGAAUCCAGAGCCAAGGUUGAAAACAGACUAUCUCAACUCGAAGGUAGAGAUCUAAGAACCACGCCAAAGGUUGUACGCGAAGCCAAGAAGGUUGAGAUUACUGAGGCCAGAGCUUACAAUGCUGACGCUGACGCUAUCCCCGCUGAGGAUUCGGAUUCCGCCGACUCUGAUGACGAAGAGGAGGAAGAGAAGAAGGAGGAAAAGAAGGAAAAGAAGAAGGAAAAGAAGGACAAGAAGGACAAGAAGGACAAGAAGGAAAAGAAGGAAAAGAAGGAAAAGAAGGAAAAGAGUGAGAAGAAGGACAAGAAGAGAAAGAGAGAAGAAGAAUCUGAGGAGAAGGAGUCCAAAAAGUCCAAGAAGGAGAAGAAAGAGAAGAAGGAUAAGAAAGAUAAGAAGAAGAGCGACAAGAAGGGGAAGAACUGA